UGUGUAUCUGCUUCAGGAAAAAGGAGUCAUCCCCACUCUGCAGCGAAUGAUGACUUCCCAACCCCAUCUAAAUAGCCAAAGGCCCAAAACGUCUAUCGCCCUUCUUGAUCAGUUCACCAUCCCUUGGCGACCUUUGCAUCUCAAGUCUUGAAAUAUAUCAAUAUCAUCAAUAUCAAUAUGGUGAAAGAAGUUACUUGCAGCGCACCAGUUAACAUUGCCGUAGUCAAAUACUGGGGCAAGCGAGACAAUGAGCUCAUUUUACCCACCAACUCAUCAUUAUCGGUGACACUCGAUCAGGAUGAUCUUCGAUCCACUACCACUGCUAGACUGAUCGAUUCCGAAGGCGCUGAUCAACUUUGGCUAAACGGUGCUCAAGUUGAAAUUACCCCUGGCUCACGUCUUGCUCGUUGUUUGGACGAAUUACGACAAUUAAGAGCUCAGUCCGAGGCCACUUCUCCAAAAGAUGUAAAAGACGCUCAACUGCCUGAAUCUCGACGUGCGCUCGUCAUAGCUUCUGAAAACAAUUUCCCUACUGCUGCUGGUUUGGCUUCGUCGGCUUCGGGCUUCGCCGCCCUCGCUUUCACGGUUGCACAGCUUUUUGAAUUGCAAAUGUCACCCGAGCGACUCUCUCGCAUCGCACGUCAAGGCUCUGGUUCAGCUUGUCGCUCGUUGUUAGGUGGCUUUGUAGCAUGGGACAUGGGAACGGCUGCAGAUGGUGGAGAUUCCGGUGCUCGAAUGGUGGCACCUCAAGCUCAUUGGCCAGACCUAGAAGCCAUGAUUUGUGUUGUGAGCGAUUCGAAGAAGGGAACCAGCUCGACCGGCGGAAUGGCAGCGACUGUGGCUACCAGUGCAUUACUUCAACAUCGCAUCAAGGAUGUGGUUCCGGCUAGGAUGGCUGCAAUGGAAGAAGCGAUCGCAUCACGCGAUUUCGAAAAGUUCUCGGCUCUUACGAUUGCCGACUCAAAUCAGUUUCACGCUGUCUGCCUUGAUACCACACCACCUAUAUUUUACCUUAACGAUGUCUCUCGUGCCAUAAUCGCCGUGGUCGAAGAACUCAACCGAUCCUCUCGAGCCUUGGGCCAAGGUACACUCGCAACUUACACCUUCGACGCGGGUCCCAAUGCAGUAAUCUAUGCGCCUAGGGCCAAUAUGAAGACCAUCGUUUCCACAAUCCUCAACUUCUUUCCACUGGCUGAUCCCUUCAACGACCCCAAAGGCUAUCUCGCCGACAAAACUGGUGACCUCUCACCACCUAGCGGAUUCAAUGGAAAGGUAACCCCAGUUUGGCCUCAAGGUAGCAUCAGUCGUCUGAUAUGCACUCGCGUCGGUGACGGACCCCGAGUUCUCAGCACGGAGGUAGGAAAGGGCUUGUUGACCGCAGAGGGCAGUACCAGGUCGAUGUUGAAUGGCCAGUAGUAAAAGGUGGCACUUUAGUACACUACCUCAGUAGUUGUGGACACAGCAUGUAUGGUGUAGAUUUUAUUCAAAUUGAUAUCCGUGACAUUAUGUCUAACAUCGGGACCCUGCAAACACACGGAGACGGUCUUGCAAUCGACCACAGUUUAAUUGCUUU